AUGCAGAAGUUGAAGGCGAAACGAUCCUUGCUAAAAGGAGCGGUCACACGCAUCUUAAAUUUCGUGACUAGCAGUGGAGCUGAUUCUCCAGUGGCAGACUGGGAAUGCCGUUUGGAGCGUCUUGAAGAGGUAUGGAGUGAAUACCGCGACAUCGUUCGAGCCAUGGUAGAGAAGAGCGAUGGCGAGGAGGAGGCCCUGGUGGAGAUUCAAGUAGAUGCAGAGGAAUUUGAAGAGCGCGUGCUGAACACAAAAGGUAAACUUCGAGCACAUAUCACUGCGAAAUUGCACGCGUCUGGCGUAUCAAAUGUUUUUGAGUCCACUCGCGGAGACUGUUCGGUUGCCGAUAUUUUAUCAUCGCAAACGGAAGUUUUAAGUAAUUUGGCCAAGCAGGUGUCUGGACCAAAUUUAAGUUUCAUGCCAAAGUUAAAAAUCAAAUCGUUCUCUGGGGAGUUAACUGAGUGGAAAUCUUUUCAUGAUUCGUAUGUCACUUCCAUUCACAACAACUCGGUGUACUCAGCGUGUCAAAAGUUUCAGUUGCUGAAGAGUUACUUGACGGAAGCAGCAUACGAGUUAAUUGGGCAUAUUCCUGCGACUAACGAUAAUUAUCUAGAGGCAUGGAGUAAGCUAUGUGCGCGCUAUAAUAAGCUUGGUGUUAUAGCGCAUACUCAAGUUUCAAAGUUUCUUAGUUUGACAACUUUAAGUAGCCAAUCUGUUUCAUCUUUACGUAAAUUAUAUGACGGAGCUGACGAGGUUAUUCGUGGAUUGCGCGCACUGGGCGAACAAGCAGAAAAGAGGGACAUCUGGCUAAUACAUAUUCUACUCGGUAAACUCGAUUCGACAACUGCCAGGGAAUGGACGAAGUUCACGAAAUCAGACAACGAUUUUCCAACAUUAAAUGAGUUUUUGACGUUUUUGUACAACGCAUGUAUCACGUUGGAAUCUGUAACACCGGCAGCCACAUCGCGUACGGGAAGCCGUUCAGUUGCAGUUAAGACACAUCAAACGACGAUAGAAAUGAAAGUUAAAUGCCAAAAAUGCGGCGGUAUACAUGAGUUGCAUCAGUGCAGUGAAUUUCUUAGUAUGGAUGUUAAAGCUCGCAGAGCCUUUGUGGCCACUAAACGCAUAUGUUACAACUGCCUUAGAGUCGGUCAUAUAUCAAAUAAUUGCCGCUCAAAAUUCUCGUGCCGUAAUUGUCGAAAACGACACCAUAGCCUCUUACAUGAAGAUAAUCAGCAAACGCAGAAGUUAGAGUCAUUAGUGGACUCUGCAGUUAAUGUGAACUUUCACGCGCUACCUGCCAUUAACACUCUUUUGCCGACAGCGGUAUGUCUGGUAAGCGAUAGCUAUGGGUGUAAACAGUCGUGUCGCUUGUUGUUGGACAGCGGUUCUGAGAAAACUAUUAUAUCAGAGAGCACCGUCAGUCGCUUAGGGCUACAUCGAAAGCAUGCAAGAAUACCGGUACAUGGUUUGGACAACUCAGCUACUGGAAUAUCGCGCGGCUGGGUUUCUCUUCAAAUAACUUCCAGUGACAACAAUAAUACGUUCACAGUCGAUGCGCUAAUUAUGCCAACAAUUGCAUCGUUUAUGCCGGCAAAUGAACUAAAUAAAGAGCAGUACAUUUCUUUUUUGUCUUUAGACUUGGCGGAUCCAUUGUUUUUCAUACCUGCGCCAAUAGACAUUCUUUUGGGGAACGAUAAAUUUUUUGAAAUUUUGAGGGGCGAAAAGAUUAGAGGAAAAGAACAAAAUUUAUGUGCUCUUUCAACAUCACUGGGGUGGAUCGUAGGUGGCGAUUUAACCAACAAUGCGAGCAAUAGAAGCGUGGGAGUAUUUCUUAAUAACGUAGACAUCGACCAAACACUUACACGAUUUUGGGAGACGGAAGAGGUCGAAUACGCACAUCAAUUGACAGACGACGAGCUAAGGGCAGAGCAAUCAUUUUCGAGUACGUAUACGAGAUCGGACGAUGGCAAGUUUAGCGUUGAGCUUCCUUUUAAAACUAAAGUUAACCAUUUUGGAAAUUCUUUUGAGUGCGCACUUAAGCGACUGCAAGCAACAGAACGCAGGCUUGCAGGCAACCCGGAUCUAAAAUCGCAGUAUUCAAAUUUUAUGGCGGAUUACAUCGCUUUAGAUCAUAUGGAGAAGAUCCCAGAUGAGGAAAUUAGUAAAUCACCUAACGAGUGCUGCUAUUUACCUCACCAUCCCGUUUUUAAAAACGAUAGCACAACAACGAAGCUACGCGUUGUUUUUGAUGGAUCUGCACGUAGUGGAAGCCACUCGUCGCUGAAUGAUGCGCUGCUUAUUGGGCCAUCGCUUUUGAGAGAGAUUUUUGAUAUUUUACUCCGGUUCCGUCGACAUCGCUACAUAAUGUCUGGUGACGUCGAAAAGAUGUACCGCAUGAUUUGGGUGCACGAUUACCACCGGGAUUUCCAACGUAUUUUGUGGCGAAGUUCACCCGAGGAGCCGGUGAAUCACUACAGGUUAAAAACUGUGACUUAUGGCACAGCAUGUGCACCAUUUCUUGCAGUGAGGGUAUUGGAAGAGCUUGCAAAAAAAUCUCAAGACACUCAUCCUUUGGCAUCACAG